AUGCUGGCAGAGUCCAAUGCCGCCAGCAGGGGGAGCCCGUGGUCAGAAAUCCGCGGCCCGGAGCCGGUGCGGAGGAGGCUGCUGGCCCAGCUCCGCAGUUUGAAGCAGGAUCCGAGCCGGUGCUCCUGGGCACAGCGCUACCAGGGAGGCCGGGCUGUGCGGAUCCUGCAGCUACCAAGGGACACGGUGUUGCUCUUGUCUCGGAAGGAGCUGGGAAGAAAAGGGGGCACCAAGGUGGUCCCUGAGUCGCUCAGGUUGAAGAGCUGGUGUCAGAGGCCCUGGUACGGAUUUGGAGGCAGAAAGGCUCCAGCUUCUGGGCACAGCCUCCUGCUGCUGCCCAGCACCCUGGGCAUCCUUGCACUUGGCCGCUGGGCACGGCGCCAGUGGAACGGCACGCCAAGGAGAACAGCGUUUGGAAGCGCAGCUGCCACAGACAUCCAGGGCUGUGACUACAGCCUGGCCAGCCUGCCCUCGGCCGAGGUGCCCGCCAGCAACAGAGGCCGUCUGACCCUCUGGCUCACCAGGUCCCCCGCCCUGGGCCUCCAGCUGAACUUCACGCUGGCAGACCUGAGGCUGUCUCUGUGUAGCGCUAAUUUCCCCACGGACUACCUCGCAGUCUGUGGUCCGAAGAGACUUCGCGUCAGUGCGGAGGCUGGGCACCACGAAGGAGCAGAGCUCACUUCUCUGGGGCAAGCCCCAGGGAAGCCCACCGCACACGGGUGCACAUUUGUAGCAGUCCUGGGCACGGCCCUUUUCAACAGGCCAUUGUCCCUAAAGUCGUACAGCGUCCAGAGUAUGGCCAGCAUUGCUGACAACAUCCCCUACUUUUCUGACUCUAAAACCUUCCCCAUUCUGAGCAACAACAGCUACGUGGUCACAUUCAUUUACUGA